UGUAUACAAAUCCGUGACCCGAAAGCUCUUACUUAUUCGUGCGUACUUUACAACGGAGUCAUUCUAACCCCCCUCACAGGAGCAUUUUCCUAACUAAGUUUCACGCUUUUAUCAAUUUAGGAGUCGCAGCGAGAAGACACCGUCUUUAAUUUCACAGUGAAACAUGAGCUCGAUUCGGUUAAAUCUGCCAACGUUAUUGAAUUGUCUCUUAAUCUGCGUCACCUUGCUGUUGAAUAACCGCUGCUGUGUCGUUGCCAAGUGGUAUCACAGACCCAACGUUGUUUUGAUCCUCACCGAUGAUCUGGACGUCGUUAUUGGGGGCAUGACCCCACUGAACAAGACCAAGAAACUGAUUGGUGAAGCAGGGAUCACCUUUACCAACGCUUUUGUAGCCAGCCCACUGUGCUGUCCCAGCAGAGCCAGCAUCCUAACAGGAAAGUAUCCUCAUAACCACCAUGUGAUCAACAACACUCUGGAGGGGAACUGCAGCAGCACGGCCUGGCAGAAGACUCAGGAGCCCAAGACCUUUCCUGCUCUACUACAGGCCUACGCGGGUUACCAGACCUUCUUCGCUGGGAAGUACCUGAACCAGUAUGGGAACCCAGAUGCAGGAGGAGUGGAGCACGUUCCUCUGGGAUGGGACUACUGGGUCGGACUGGAGAGGAACUCUCGGUACUACAACUACACACUGUCUGUGAAUGGGAAGCCUAAGAAGCAUGGAGGGAACUACAGUGAAGACUACCUGACAGACGUACUGACCAACAUGUCUCUAGACUUCCUCCAGUAUAAGUCUAACUACCGUCCGUUCUUCAUGAUGGUUUCGACCCCCGCCCCCCACGCCCCCUGGACCCCCGCCCCGCAGUACCAGGACCGCUUCAAGGACCUCAAGGCCCCUCGAGACCCCAACUUCAACGUCCAUGGGAAGGACAAGCACUGGCUGAUCAGACAGGCCAAGACUCCCAUGACCAACUCCUCUAUCGAGUUGCUGGACGAGGCCUACAGGAAACGGUGGCGUACUCUGCUGUCAGUGGAUGACUUGGUGGAGAAGGUGGUGAAGAGGUUAGAGGUCAGAGGGGAACUGGACAACACUUACAUCAUCUUUACCUCAGACAACGGAUACCACACAGGUCAGUUCUCUCUCCCCUUGGAUAAGAGGCAGCUGUAUGAGUCUGAUAUAAGAGUUCCUCUGCUGAUCCGAGGGCCCAACAUCAAGCCUAACCAGACCACCGGGCUGGCGGUCCAGAACGUUGACCUGGGUCCUACCAUCCUGGACAUGGCCGGUUACAACGUCAGCAAGACUGCCAUGGACGGCAUGUCCUUCCUGUCUGUACUGGAGGGAUCUGUGAACAGCACUACGUGGAGAACAGACUUCCUGGUGGAGUAUGAAGGGGAGGGGUCUAAUGUGUCUGAUCCCGCCUGCCCCCUGCUGGGUCCUGGGGUCUCCGUAUGUUUCCCUGACUGUGUGUGUGAGGACUCCUUCAACAACACGUAUGCCUGCGUUCGUACCGUCGCCCCCUCUGCCAACCUCCAGUACUGCGAGUUUGAUGACAACGAGGUGUUUGUAGAGGUAUAUAACAUUACAGUUGACCCCUACCAGCUCAUUAACCUGGCUAAGACCAUCGACCAGGAAGUCCUGGAGAAGAUGAACCACAGACUGAUGAUGCUCCAGUCCUGUUCUGGACAGUCCUGUAGGACCCCUGGGGUCUACGAUACACGAUAUACGUUUGACCCUCACCUGAUGUUCAGUAACAGGAGCCACCGGCGCAACAGGCUGAGACGGGCCUGAAAUGAGAAGAGCAGGAGGAGAGGAGGGCUGUCUGAGCCCGUGCUGCUGUUCCCUAGUGUCUGAGACCUCAGCCCUGUAGGGGUUGGAGGGGGACCUUCUGUAAACUCCACAGCACUUUUAACAGUCUGUACACAACACCCCCCAUCUACCCUGUGUUUGGACACAGUAUCACCCAUUGAUUGGAUAUUUUAAGACGCUGUUUGACUGAUUUUAAUUUUACAUGUUGUGUUUGUUAAUUACGUGAGGAAAAUCAAUUACCUCAAAUCAGCUGUUUUUCAAAUAAUGAACAAGUCUUGACCUGCUACAGUAGGACUAGAAACCAUACCUGUUGUUCCUCUUUCUCUCAGUAGGACUAGAAACCAUUCCUGUUGUUCCUCUUUCUCUCAGUAGGACUAGAAACCAUUCCUGUUGUUCCUCUUUCUCUCAGUAGGACUAGAAACCAUUCCUGUUGUUCCUCUUUCCCCCAGUAGGACUGGAAACCAUUCCUGUUGUUCUUCUUUCUCCCAGUAGGACUAGAAACCAUUCCUGUUGUUCCUCUUUCCCCCAGUAGGACUAGAAACCAUUCCUGUUGUUCUUCUUUCUCCCAGUAGGACUAGAAACCAUUCCUUUUGUUCUUCUUUCUCCCAGUAGGACUAGAAACCAUUCCUUUUGUUCCUCUUUCUCUCAGUAGGACUAGAAACCAUUCCUGUUGUUCUUCUUUCUCCCAGUAGGACUAGAAACCAUUUUGGUUGUUCCUCUUUCUCCCAGUAGGACUAGAAACCAUUUUGGUUGUUCCUCUUUCUCCCAGUAGGACUAGAAACCAUUUUGGUUGUUCAUCUUUCUCCCAGUAGGACUAGAAACCAUUUUGGUUGUUCCUCUUUCUCCCAGUAGGACUAGAAACCAUUCCUGUUGUUCUUCUUUCUCCCAGUAGGACUAGAAACCAUUUUGGUUGUUCCUCUUUCUCCCAGUAGGACUAGAAACCAUUCUGGUUGUUCCUCUUUCUCCCAGUAGGACUAGAAACCAUUCUGGUUGUUCCUCUUUCUCCCAGUAGGACUAGAAACCAUUCUGGUUGUUCCUCUUUCUCUCAGUAGGACUAGAAACCAUUCUGGUUGUUCCUCUUUCUCCCAGUAGGACUAGAAACCAUUCUGGUUGUUCCUCUUUCUCCCAGUAGGACUAGAAACAGGUCCUUUUGGAGUCACUUUUAUUGUAUAUAAGAAUAGAAUAUGUUUCUGAACGCUUCUACAUUAAUGUAGAUGCUACCAUGGUUACGGAUAAUCCUGAAUUAAUCCACUUUUAAUGUAGAAGUGUUCAGAAACAUGUUCUAUUCUUAUUUAAAAAGGUAAAAGUGACUCCAAAUGACCAUUAUUUGUAUUGGGCACAAAAUGAUCUGAUCUACAACCAAAACAAACAGCCAAUGCAUCCAUGUUUAUAGAGUCCCAGCUGGAGGUCGUCAUCGUGUUCUAGGAAUCUGGGACAUCCACGUUUCUAGAGUCCCAGCUGGAUGUCGUCAUCGUGUUCUAAGAAUCUGGGACAUCCACGUUUAUAGAGUCCCAGCUGGAUGUCGUCAUCGUGUUCUAAGAAUCUGGGACAUCCACGUUUAUAGAGUCACAGCUGGAUGUCGUCAUCGUGUUCUAAGAAUCUGGGACAAUGUGUUUUACCACUUUAAUACACCAGUGAAUUUGUCCCAAUACUGUUGGUCCCUUAAAAUAGGGGGACUAUGGUCAAAAAGGGCUGUAAUUUCUAAACGGUUCACCCAAUAUGGAUGAAAAUACCCUCAAAUUAAAUCUGACAGUCUGCACUUUAACCUCAGUCACUGUCUCAUUUCCAAUCCACAGUGCUGGAGUACAGAGCCAAAACAACCAAAAUGGGUCUCUGUCUCAAUACUGUUGGAGAUCACUGUAUCAGUCUAGUGGUACGGGCAGAAACAGUGGAGGGGGAGUCUAGUGGUACGGCCAGAAACAGUGGAGGGGGAGUCUAGUGGUACGGACAGUAACAGUGGAGGGGGAGUCUAGUGGUACGGACAGUAACAGUGGAGGGGGAGUCUAGUGGUACGGACAGUAACAGUGGAGGGGGAGUCUAGUGGUACGGACAGUAACAGUGGAGGGGGAGUCUAGUGGUACGGCCAGAAACAGUGGAGGGGGAGUCUAGUGGUACGGACAGUAACAGCGGAGGGGGAGUCUAGUGGUACGGACAGUAACAGUGGAGGGGGAGUCUAGUGGUACGGACAGAAACAGUGGAGGGGGAGUCUAGUGGUACGGACAGUAACAGCGGAGGGGGAGUCUAGUGGUACGGACAGUAACAGUGGAGGGGGAGUCUAGUGGUACGGCCAGUAACAGCGGAGGGGGAGUCUGGUGGUACGGCCAGAAACAGUGGAGGGGUCAGGGAGACUGAGGGCCUUUAACUGAACAUCUUCUGAUGUGUUGCCAUGGCAGCACAUCAACCAGCAUCAACUUUGUGUUUGUAAUUCCAGAGGGUUUCUUGUUGAUUAUAACUGAUCUUAUGGAUAUCUAUCUACAGGGUGCAUUUAGUUACGUUACAGAAAUAAAUGUCCACUUUAAUUUCCAUUAAAACCUGUUUGGAUUGUCUCUACACAGUCAGACUAAUCACACACAGCGAACCUGCCAAUCAUAUAAUUCAACCGUAUCCAUUGGCCAGCCUCUGAUCCAUUGGCCAGCCUCUGAUCCGCUUUCCAAUCUGUCAAUGUCUUUCCAUGGUUUUGCACAUUUAUUUUCUUCUCGAUAGUAGUUCUUAGUUAUGCGGUUUUUCCAUUUCUGGCUGUUUUGUCCAAUAAACUAACGGUAUUCUGAAAUCA